CAUUUUAAUACUCACACAGAAUAGUAUAAUAGCCUAUUCCCAUUCUCUAUUUCACUGUGUAAACCCCUCAGAAAAUGUCUCUUCCUCAGACCAUGAAGGCCGUCGUCUUUGACGGACCCCGCAGCGUCUCCAUCCAGGACCGGCCGGUGCCUCAGAUCCAGGAUGAGGAAGACAUCAUUGUCAAAGUGAGCGCGACUGCUCUCUGCGGCUCUGAGCUGCAUGUUUACCGUGGCCACCAGGCCUCACCAACAGGCUUCAUCAUGGGACACGAGUUUACAGGAACUGUCGUAGCUGCAGGUCCAGCUGUAAAGUCAGUCGCGGUUGGCGACAAGAUUGUAGCGCCAUUUACAGCAUCAUGCGGCAAAUGUUUUUUCUGUCUCAAUGGCGCCACUGCACGCUGUGAGAAAUCCAUACUUUUUGGAUCAACCAAGCUCGAUGGUGGUCAAGCUGAAUAUGUCCGCGUGCCCCUGGCUGAUGGCACAGUCUCAAAAGCGCCAUCAUCAAUCUCAGAUGAAGCUCUCAUUCUAAUGGCUGACAUCUUCCCCACUGGUUUUUUUGGCGUCAAGUCUGCACUCAGCCUUGCCCCUCCUACUCUCAAUAUCCACGAAUCCACCCUGGUGGUGAUCGGAUGUGGCCCAGUUGGCUUGUGUGCAAUUGUUGCGGCGGCUGAACAGAAGCCCAAGCAUUUAUUCGCUAUUGACAGCGUGGAUAGCAGACUCGAGCAGGCAAGGCAACUUGGUGCUGAGCCUCUAAAUUUCCUCAAAGACAAGGAAGGGAUGACGGCUAGAAUCUUGGAGGUUACAAACGGGAGGGGUGCCGACUUGGUCGUUGAAGUUGUUGGACUGUCGCCAGCAUUGAGAACUGCUUUUGACAUUGUGAGGCCAUUUGGUGUGAUUAGCAGCAUUGGUGUUCAUAAUGCAGAGAUUCCAUGGUCUGGAAGUGAGGCAUACGGGAAGAAUAUUCGUCUGCAAAUGGGCCGGUGCCCUGUUCGAAGCAUCUUUUCCGAGGCCCUUGUUCUGCUCGAGAAAAAGCAACACUUGCUUGGCUUCAUGUUUGAAAACAUUAUGCCUCUCAGCGAGGCUGUUCAAGGCUAUACACUUUUUGAUGAGAUGAAGGUACAAAAGGUGGUCUUCAAGCCAUAGUACAUGUUGUCAUGAGGCCCACAGCCGGGCGCUUAUCAAAAGCACCUACAUACAUGUAUUCAUGUAGCUUGCAUCUUUACCACCUAUAAUUUGACUACAUGUAUUAUAUGCAUGCAAAUGAUAAAGCCCCAGCAUAUCUGGAC